AGCGCGUGCGCGGGGGCCGCCCAGCAGACGCCGGAGGAGCCGCAUGGACCCCGCGGAGGACUGGCCGUGGCGGCGAGGGGGCGAGCAGGAGCAGGAGCAGGAGGAGGAGACGGACUCGGAGGGGGGGGGGCGACCAGGAGGAGCAGCGGCCGGGCCGGGCUGGGCCUGCUGGAGAGCCCCUGCGGGGAGGGGAGGGAGGAGGAGGAGACUGGGUGCUGGGGAUCUGUGUUCGCUGCGGGAGGAAGCGGCGGGGCCGGGCGGCGGCGGCGGCGGCGGCGGGGUUUGGGCCGAGGCGCUGGGCCGGCUGAAGCGCAAGAGGAAGGCGACCAGCCUGGACGAGAAGAUCGCCACGGUCCGGAGGAGCAGAAGAGCUCAGGAGAAGGAGAACAAACAAGGAACAGCAGAUGCGGAAGAGGGUCCACAUGAAGCCGUGGAUAAGACAUGCCCUGAAGAUAGUGAGGAGGAGGAGGAGGAAGACGACUCCUAUGCAGAUGAGAGCAUCUUCUCAGGAGCAGAUACUCUCAAGGUGAAGGAGACGUGGAAACGGAACAAACAGGGUGAAGAGGACCUCCCUUUCCAGGAAGCAGAGCUGUUCUUUGGCGAAGACGCCUCGCAGUACGACGACAGCCUGUCGUUCCAAGACAUGAACCUGUCGCGCCCCCUGUUGAAGGCCAUCACGGCCCUGGGCUUCAAGCAGCCGACGCCCAUCCAGAAGGCCUGCAUCCCGGUGGGCCUGCUGGGGAAGGACGUCUGUGCCUGUGCGGCUACUGGGACAGGGAAGACGGCGGCCUUCAUCCUGCCGGUCUUAGAGCGCUUGAUCUACAAGCCCCGGCAGGCCCCCGUGACGCGCGUUCUGGUCCUCGUGCCAACCCGAGAGCUGGGCAUCCAGGUGCACUCGGUCGCCAGGCAGCUGGCACAGUUCAGCAGCAUCACCACCUGCUUGGCAGUGGGUGGUCUGGACAUCAAGAGCCAGGAGGCGGCCCUGCGGGCAGGCCCCGACAUCCUGAUUGCCACUCCUGGGCGCCUGAUCGACCACCUGCACAACUGCCCCUCCUUUCACCUGAGCAGCAUCGAGGUCCUCAUCCUGGACGAGGCUGACCGGAUGCUGGAUGAAUACUUUGAGGAGCAGAUGAAGGAAAUCAUUCGGCUCUGUGCGCGGCAUCGCCAAACCAUGCUCUUUUCUGCCACCAUGUCGGAGGAGGUGAAGGACUUGGCCUCCGUCUCCCUGAAGAACCCAGUCCGGAUCUUUGUGAACAGCAACACAGACGUGGCUCCGUUUCUGCGCCAGGAGUUUGUCCGGAUCCGGCCCAAUCGCGAAGGGGACCGGGAGGCCAUAGUUGCUGCCCUCCUGAUGCGGACGUUCCAGGACCACGUGAUGCUCUUCAUG